CCCGCCGCCGCCGCCGCUGCCGGCCGGAAGAGCCGGGCAGCGGAGCCGCUACUCCCCGCGCUAGUCGCCGCGGCGCUGGGGAGAGCGCUGGCCGCGCGAUGCGGCCCGUGGACAGUGCCGGGGCGGCGGAGGUGCCAGAGCCCGGGCUACCGCUGACGGACGACGCGCCGCAGGGCGCCAGUGAGGAGCCGGCGGCGGCGGAGGCAGCGGGGACGCCCGGCCCCUGCAGGUGCUGGGUGUGCGGCAACUCGCCGUGCGGCUCGGGUGCGUCGCAGGAAGCCAAGAAGAAAGCACGCUGUCCUGGACUUGGCUUGUUUUAUACAUUAUUAUCUGCCUUCCUUUUCUCAGUGGGCUCUUUAUUUGUUAAAAAAGUGCAAGACGUCCAUGCUGUAGAAAUUAGUGCAUUCCGAUGUGUGUUCCAAAUGCUAGUCGUUAUCCCUUGCUUAAUAUACAGAAAAACCGGAUUCAUAGGCCCCAAAGGUCAACGCAUUUUCCUCCUCCUCAGAGGAGUCCUGGGCUCCACCGCCAUGAUCCUUUUGUACUACGCUUUCCAGGCGACGUCCCUGGCCGACGCCACCGUCAUCACGUUUAGUUCUCCAGUGUUCACGUCCAUAUUUGCUUGGAUAUUUCUCAAGGAGAAGUACAGCCCCUGGGAUGCCCUCUUCACCGCCUUCACGAUCACCGGCGUGAUCCUCAUCGUGAGGCCCCCGUUCCUGUUCGGAGCCAGCGCUGCGGGCACGGACGAGAGCUACUCUGUUCACCUGAAGGGCACGUUCGCAGCAGUGGCGCACGCUGUCUUUGCCGCCGUGACCAUGGUCAUCAUCAGAAAGAUGGGGAAGUCCGUGGACUACUUUCUGAGCAUUUGGUAUUAUGUCGUACUCGGCCUCCUAGAGAGCGUCAUCGUCCUCUUCAUCAUAGGGGAGUGGAGUCUGCCAUACUGCGGAUUGGACAGGCUGUUUCUCAUCCUUAUCGGCCUGUUUGGUUUGGGGGGUCAGGUGUUUCUCACGAAAGCCCUCCAAAUAGAAAAAGCAGGCCCAGUGGCAAUAAUGAGGACGAUGGAUGUGGUCUUUGCUUUCAUCUUCCAGAUUAUUUUCUUUAACGACAUGCCCACGUGGUGGACGGUGGGCGGGGCCCUGUGUGUUGUAGCCAGUAGUACUGGCGCGGCCAUUCGGAAAUGGUGCCAGAGCUCCAAAUGAGGCUGUGGCAGAAGUGCGUUCUUGGUUUUUCUGGGCAUCAUCCCUCAGUGCGGACACACCGCGCACGCACACGCCUGGAAAGCCUGCAUUUCCUUCACUGAUUAUAUUUAAUAAAUUUAAUAAUUAAAGUACCAUUUUUGAAUAUGCUAUGUCUUUAAUUAGCUAAGAGUUAGCCAGUGUGGUCUAGCAAUUACUUUUUUCUCAAUUAUGUUUUGGUUUUGGUUUGGUUUCUUACUUGCUGUUGUUGGGGUGGUGAUGGUAGGAGAUCAGGUCUUUAGUUGAAGAAAAACUGCAAAAUGUUUUAUGACUGGUAUAAAUGUAAUUUUUUAAAGUGUAUCUUUGGUACUGAGGGGAUAUAGGUGGGGAGGAAACUUUAGAUGUUCUUUUAGCAGUGUAAAAGCUAAGAAACUUAUUGAUAAUAAUGCUGCUAUGAUUAGAUUAGGUCGGUAAUUCAUUUGAAACCUAAUUCCAUUUAGUAGGCCAAAGCUGAAACUUGGAAAAGGUGCCUACUUAAUGGUGUUAAUAAUACAAAUGAAUUAGCCUUAUUUUCAAGGCUUUUAUACAUGGUUAUUCUUUUAACACACAUGAGUGCCUUUUCAUUUUGAUGCCAGAAUUUUUAUAUGUAAAGUUUAAAAAGUUUUUAAUCACCAGGUUUGGCUAGAAGUUUUCUGUUUUGGUGGCAUUCACAACUGUAGCUAUCAUUCUGUAAUUUUAAUUGUCCUCUGGUUUUGGUUUUUUUGUGUGUGUGUGAAACUGCACUACGUUUUUCUUAACUUUCUGAGAUUUCAGGUCUUUAAGCCGCAAGAGAGAAAUCUUGGCAAAACCAGUGUGCACAUUUCCAUCCUGAAGUAUUUCCCCCUCACUAGAAAUGUGAUUUUCUAUAAAUUCUUUUUGAAUUUAUAGUGUGAUGCCAAAUACAAUUUUCUCAGGAUUUUAUUAGGUUGAACCAUAUGAAAUUGCCAAGAUUUUACCUUUUUAACUUACAAAAACCAGAGUUCAUUAUGGUUCAUCCUAAUAGAUACCUCCCUUACCCUCUCUACACCAAAUAUUUAGAGGACUUUGGCAUAUAUUUUUUUAAAACAACUUUUUAAAAUGCAGUAAUCUUAUUAAACUUAUUUUUAUAGUCUUUUCCCCUUAUGGAAUUAUAUGUAAUAAUGCUUCAUGUUAUAUGUUAAAUGUAAAGACCUGUGAAUCCAUGGUUGAUUGACUUCUGUAGUGUCUUGAAUAAUAGAGUGUCUUGAAUAAUAAAAAAAAAUCACUGUUAAAUUUUAGUAUAUCACUAUGGUAUUAAAUAUCAAUGCUGCCCCAUGAUACUAACAUCAUGAAUUCAAACAUUUUAUAUCUGGAACUUCAUCAGCCAAUACUCUGCAGUUAAAGAGAGAAUGUAAUAUUUAGGAAAGCUUGGAAGGUUAAUUGGAAAGUAGAGAGUACAUGGGAAUGAUUAUCAUAAUGAAUGCUUUAUUGGUGAGGCUAUAAUGGUCUCCAACUCUUACUGUCCAACCUAGCAUCUGUUACUAUCUUAAGCCUGCAUAUCUGAAAGAUUAUAGGCUCUUUCUCUCCCCUUCAUCACAAUUCUUCCAAAGAAAGAAAGAACUUGGCUUCUGAGGUUUAUGCCUUGGUGAGAAAGGAUCUUUUCCAAUAGUUCCAAGAGGGAAUUUUUGGCUUGCUGAUCUUCCUAAAUGCUUUCCACCUGACAAAUCUUAAAUGAAGUCUACUUUGGGGAAUCAUACUAUCAUUAUAACUUUAGCCUCAUCCACAGUGUUGGAAUUUAGAGUUGCAGGAGCAUUAUCUUGCAAAUAGAUAGUUACAGAAUCAGCAUUUUAGAGCUCAAAGGUUAGAAAUCCUCUUGUAGGAGGAGCCAUGCUGCACAGAUAGGAAUACUGGGGAGGAGGAUCUGCCCGAGAUGGGUUCCCAUGGCCUUCUCCCUUAUUUCCAUGAUAAAGUAUAGAAAGUAAACCACUGCUUGAGUUACCUAAGGUAAAUUAACUCAGGGAACCCUCUCUUGGUUCUUUACCUUGCACAAUAAAACAACUUAUGGGACUUUGAGAGUUAAAUCCCUUUCAGCCUGUACACUAGAGAUGUGUUUUAUUUCAGAAGUGUGGUUUAAGUACUUGAAUGUCACAAUAUAUGGCCAAGGUUGGAGAAAAUGUUUCUUCUCUCAACUUUUACAGGGUGUCAUUCUUAAACACUUUUAUAAUGUCUGACGUAUAUACAAGGAUAUGUAUGUAUUGUAACAAUUACAGGCGUGUGUAUUUUGCAAAGACUGUAGUUUCUAUAUCCUGAAAAUAUUUUCAUAAAUUGUUUUUAUUUUAUAAGUACUAAUAAAGUUAAUAUGAAAGAAGGCUAUA